GAGGCUGGAGUGGCUGGCAGAAGAGCGCGGGAAGAAGGGGGCAGCAAGAGGAGGAGGAGGAGGAGGAGGAAGGCUGGGCGGGUGAUGCUGAGGGGCCAUGAAGGCUGGCGAGUGAGCCCCGCUGCCCAGCCUUUGCCUUGAGUCAAGAGGAGGCGAGGAAGAAGAAGAAGAAGAAGGAGGAGAGAGGCGUGGGGCUCUGCUCUGCUUCCUUGGGGCCCUUCUCCUCCUCCUCCUCCUCCUCCUCGCGUGGCCAUGCCUUUCGCCAAGAGGAUCGUGGAGCCCCAGUGGCUCUGCCGGCCCCAGCCCCUGGCCUCCCUGCUGGACGAGGGCCCCCAGAGUCCCCCCAGGGGCCCCCCAGGGGCCCCCCCUCAGCAGGGAGAGGGGCCCCCAGCAGAGAAGGCAGGCCGGCAGCAGGAGCAGGACCAGGACCAGGACGACGAGGAGGAGGAGGAGGAGGCAGCAGCAUCAGCCUCGGGGCCGGAGAGCCAGGCGCAGUCCCCCUGUGGCCCGGGCUGCCGGGAGCUGUCCUGGGGGAGCAACGCGGCGCUCUCGCGGGUGCUGCGGCAGCUCUCGGACGUGGCCCGCCAUGCCGGCGCCCUCUUCCAGGAGCUGGAGGCCGAGCUCCACGGCACCCACCGGCGCCUCCGGGCCCUUCAGGGGCGGGUCGGAGGCCUCCAGGGCGCCCUCCGAGGGAUGGACCCCAAGCAGGAGCCCGUCCCUGUCUCAAACCUGGAUGCCGAAAGUAAAUUGAAUGUGUACUUUCGUGCACCUUGGCAUCAGCAAAGAAACGUUUUCCUUCCUUCUACCAGACCAGCUUGUGUUGAGGAGCUGCAUCACCAUGCAAAGCAGAACUUGCGAGCCUUGAGAAGAGAGCAACGAAACCGGGGUGAUAACAGAGACCAGAAAACCCAGAGCCAAAUCUCAGUGGUGGCUCCCCCAUUUCCUUCUUUUCCUGUGAGCUAUAAUCAGAAGUACAAAGAAACAAAGGACCGUCACUUGCUAAAAUUUCACAGCACCCGCUCGCCUUCCCCCACUGAGUGUUGCCACAUGACCCCAUGGAGUAGAAAGUCCCACCAUCCAGAGGAAGAAGACGCAGAUGUCAUGUUAGGGCAGAGGCCGAAAAAUCCAAUACAUAAUAUCCCUACUACACUGGAUAAGCAAACCAACUGGAGCAAAGCACUACCUCUCCCAACUCCAGAGGAGAAAAUGAAACAAGAUUCCCAAGUGAUUUCCUCUUGCGUUAUCCCCAUCAAUGUCACUGGAGUUGGUUUUGACAGAGAUGCUAGUAUACGCUGCUCUCUUGUUCACUCACAAUCCGUGCUACAGCGGAGACGGAAAUUGAGAAGGAGGAAAACCAUCUCUGGCAUCCCCAGAAGAGUCCAACAAGAAAUAGAUUCUGACGAAUCACCAGUAGCAAGAGAACGGAAUGUGAUUGUGCAUGCAAAUCCAGACUUCUCUAAUAACGUGAACAGGAGAACAGGUACCAGGGAUUCUGAGUGCCAAACAGAAGAAAUCCUCAUUGCUGCCCCAUCCCGGAGAAGAAUUCGAGCACAGAGGGGUCAAAGUGUAGUAGCCUCCCUUUCUCAUUCAGCUGGCAACAUAUUGGUGCUGGCAGACAAUGGUGAUGCCAUGUUUACAACAUCAGUAAGCAACCGUGUACGAUCAAGGAGUCUUCCUCGCGAAGGUGCUAGAGCCAAUGAAGUGGAACACCACGACACUGGUGCCAAAAUGUCGGCGUAUGAGGCAGAACACUUUUUAACAAGCCAAGAAAGAAUCUCUACAAAGAGUAAAGAUGCCAUCAAUAACCUGUGUUCUCAAGAACACCAUCCCAUAAGUUUAAAAUGUUCUCAACAUCUUCAUAGUCCAGAUCAUAACUCAAAUGAAAGGGGGAGAUCAAGGUUAUCAAGGAUGGUAGAUUCCGGAAGCUGUGAUAUCUCAUCAAAUUCUGACACCUUUGGAAGUCCCAUUCACUCCAUCUCUACUGCUGGGGUUCUUCUCAGCAGUCACAUGGACCAGAAAGAUGACCAUCAAUCAUCCAGUGGGAACUGGAGUGGGAGCAGCUCAACAUGUCCUUCCCAGACUUCAGAAACUAUUCCUCCUGCUGCGUCUCCCCCAUUGACUGGUUCUUCACACUGUGAUUCAGAAUUAUCACUUAACAUUGUCCCUAAUGCUAAUGAGGACUCUAAUGUCUUCAUAACAGACCACUAUACUGAUCAGAUGGAUAAGAUUAGAGGGCACAGGGCAAGUUCUUUCACUUCCACUGUAGCAGAUCUACUCGAUGACCCCAAUAACAGCAACACAAGUGACAGUGAAUGGAAUUACUUGCAUCAUCACCAUGAUGCAUCCUGCCGUCAAGAUUUCAGUCCUGAACGUCCCAAGACAGAUAGCCUGGGAUGUCCAAGUUUUACAAGCAUGGCCACUUAUGAUAGUUUUAUAGAGAAGACCCCAUCUGACAAAGCAGACACUAGCUCACACUUUUCUGUUGACACUGAAGGUUACUAUACCUCCAUGCACUUUGACUGCGGUCUCAAGGGAACUAAAAGUUAUAUUUGUAACUAUGCAGCUGUGGGCUCUGACAGUGGCCAGAAUGCAAGUGUUGUUUCCAGUUUUACUAACUGCACCUGGCAGGAUUAUGUCAAUCACAAGAGACAAGGAAAACAGAGCAUCUCUCUCAAAAAACCAAAGGCAAAGCCAGCCCCACCAAAACGCAGUUCAUCUUUAAGGAAAUCUGACAGCAGCACAGAUCUUCCUGAGAAGAAAGAACCAAAGAUAAGCAGUGGGCAGCAGCACAUGCCUCACACUUCCAGGGAAAUGAAGCUGCCCCUUGAGUUUUCAAAUACACCUUCAAGAGCAGAAAAUUCUAAUAUACCAAGCAAACAGGAACACUCCUGGGAUAAUUUGGAUGAAAGCGGAUUAAAAAACCUUCCAUAUGAUGCCAUGGACAUCCCAUCCUUUAAAGAUGAAGGUGCUGAGCAAUCUCACUAUGCAGAACUCUGGCUUCUAAAUGACUUGAAAUCUAAUGAUCCAUAUAGGUCUUUAUCCAAUUCUAGCACUGCUACGGGUACUACGGUCAUAGAAUGCAUAAAGUCACCGGAAAGUUCAGAAUCACAAACGUCACAGUCUGGAUCGCGAGCCACCACUCCUUCCCUUCCUUCUGUUGAGAAUGAAUUUAAGUUGGCUUCCCCAGAAAAGCUGGCUGGUUUAGCAUCUCCCUCAAGUGGUUAUUCCAGUCAGUCUGAAACACCAACAUCAUCCUUUCCUACAGCUUUCUUUUCUGGACCCUUAUCCCCAGGGGGGAGUAAAAGGAAGCCAAAAGUACCAGAAAGGAAGUCCUCAUUACAACAGACUUCUUCUAAGGAUGGCAACAUAACUCUACAUAAAGACCUUGAACUUCCAGUUAUACCUCCUACUCAUCUUGACCUAAGUGCUCUUCAUAAUGUCUUGAAUAAACCCUACGCUCACAGACACCAACUACAUGCUUUUAAUAACAACAAGCCUAACGUGGUAGAAGAAGCACUGAACUCUAAUUCUCCACCAGCCCUUGCUAUUACGCCUUCUGUCCUGAAGUCUGUACAUCUUCGAUCAAUCAAUAAGUCUGAAGACACAAAACAAAAAGAUAACACAGACCUCCUCCACAUUCAAGCAAAAACUGUAAUGAAACCACAUGGAAGUAAGAAACAAAUAUUACGCCAGUAUUCCAUGGAAGAUGCCAUAGUGUCCUAUAUUAAUCCUUCUCCAGUACAAAUAACCCCUGAACAACUGCAAGCAGAAUGCAGUUUGACUUUCAGUGAAAAGAAUACCUGUCGAGACACCCUAACCUCAGUAGAUAUGGGUGUUCCAGCAGCUAAGUAUGUAACAGAUCAAACACACUUCGUUCGUGAGGUUUUACAAGAGAGUACUUUAAAAAAAACCUGCAGCAGUUGCCCCGAACGGUUUCCACAAGGCAUGGCAGGCCUUUCUAGAAAUUCUGAAGGGAAGAUAACUACUUGUGGAUUUCAAAAAGAUAAGAGACUUGACCCUGUGCAGCUUCAGCGAGAAUUACCUGCACACUGUGAACAAAAGUUAGAACCUCUUAAUCGAAAUGCACCCCAGUGUGACUCCUCAGUUGGGGUAACAGACAUCAGUUAUCAGCUAAAGCAUCCACUCAGUCUAAGCCAAUGUGAUGACAAAGUGCCUGGGAAUAUCAGCUAUGAACCGGAGAUUUCAACUGUAGAUUCACUCAGUGAAAAAUGUACUGAGGAAGAAAAUUAUACUAUGUCAGGUAUUCCAGCCAAAAGUGCCUCAGAUGAUAAUGACAGGAGAGCAGCUGAGACACAAGGGAUUCCAGAAGAUAUCUUAAAAGACUCUUCUCCAAGUGAUGAUUCCAUAUUCUCACCUUUAAGUGAAGAUUCCCAGGCUGAACCAGAAGAUGCUUUUGUGUCUCCAAAUAAACCUCGAACAACAGAGGAUUUAUUUGCAGUCAUUCAUCGGUCAAAAAGGAAAGUACUCGGAAGAAAAGAUUCUGGAGAUAUUUCUUCAAAGAACAGAUCGAAAGCUUCAUCUAGUACUAGCAACAUGUCUUCUGCCAGCAGCACACCCCCUACAGCUAAUGUUCCUCCAGUUCCAAGUGUGGCAAGCCCACUGUGCAGCCAGCGAUCUCCUGGACUUAUUUACAGGAAUGCCAAAAAGUCCAAUACAUCAAAUGAAGAAUUCAAACUGCUGCUCCUGAAAAAGGGCAGCCGGUCUGAUUCUAGCUAUAGGAUGUCAGCUACCGAAAUACUGAAGAGUCCAGUUUCACCCAAAUCUCCUGGAGAACUAAUUGGGGAUACUCUACAAAAUGCUGAUGAGUCUUCCCAAACCUCAUCAAGUGCUGAGGCAUUAGCUCCUCUCUCUCCUUGCCCCUCAAGAUUAACUGCAGAGGGGACUUCUUCCAAAAGCUUUCCUACAUCAGCAUCAUCACGUGUAGGACGGUCACGGGCACCUCCUGCAGCCAGCAGUAGUCGAUACAGUGUCCGCUGCAGACUGUAUAACACCCCAAUGCAAGCCAUUUCAGAAGGAGAGACUGAAAAUUCUGAUGGGAGCCCUCAUGAUGAUAGAUCUUCCCAGAGUUCUACAUAGGCUAUGUAAGGGCCAGAGCACACUUCUGACUGUUAAAUGGGGGAACUUCACAUUUGCUUGGCUUGUGUGAAUAUAAAAAGCCAAUUCUGUAGCAGCCAAAAACCAUGCAGGGCAAUACUGAUGCUUGAAAAUGCUAAGGAGUGCUGAGAGACUGGAAGAAAGAAAAGUUGAUCUGUAGCUAUUUAUUACUUCACAUUUUCUAUAAGUAGAAGCAUAUGCCGAAAGGGUUAACUUUGGUUAACUGUCAUUCAUUUCUCUCAUAUUUCCUGCCACUGAUGUAGAUUUACAUUAUCCAACUUGCAGAUUCCCCUCUUCCCCUCCAAAGAUGCCAUCAAAACACAAAACAUUAUCCUCACUGUUGUGCUUCCCUAGGUGGGAAAACAUAAAAUUGCUUGAGGAACUGGUAUUUUUUUACAUUAAAACGAAGUGAAACAAAAUUUAGAAGAUAUGAACAAAACAGAUGUAUAUAUCCAUAUUUUUGAUAAAUACCUGUAAAUAGUUAUUGAAGAGUCAGAAAAAAGUGGUUGGUGGCAAAUGAUAACCUUGUUGAAAGACACAAAAAAAAAAUGGAUAAAGUUAUUGACUGUAUUCUGUGAAUACAAUUUUGAUAUCAAACAUAAUUUACAUAUCUACCACAACCACUUGCAGUUAAAUAAUUAAGCCUCUAACAUAAUUUUAACACUUGAAUUAAAGAAAAUCCUCAAUAUAAAUAAAAAUACUAUCAUAUUAAAUAGUAUCUGAUUAAUUCUCUUCCAAAAAUGCUGUUCCAAACAAGCUUUUAUCAAAGUGCAGCUUGUGACAGAGGCUUAUUGGCAGGCACUAUAUAUACAAAUUGUUUAUAAACCAGAUUUUCUGUUGUGGCUUCUCCUUCCACCCCUCUCAAGAUCCUGAGAAAUGUAGUCAUGUGAAAGUGUGAGUAAAAUGAUGACAAAGAAGGCCAGUCAUUUUAUUAAUCAAGCAAAUUCCCUUGUCUCUUAAAAGAGCUACCUUUGAACUAUCCUAAAUUUCUUUGUUUUCAUGAUCACUGCCUCAGUGUCAGACACCACUCUCUUAUCUUUCCCAUCAUGUUUACAUAUGGGAGAGCUGAUCAUAGGUUUGCUUUCCAAACACAUCCCAAGAGGACCUGCAGGUGUCAGUAAUGUAACUUUUCUUUAGCGAAGCAAUGGGCUAGCUAGAUCCCAUAUUUAUAGAUGAUUUUAUUUUUAGAUUUUUCUGCAGAGAACAUUGGUGGUUAACAAUAUUAAAGUACCUAAAGGCAAAAAUUGCACUGAACAGAUAAGAUUUUAAGCCUAAGUAGGGACCUCAUAAACCGAAGAAAACAAAGAAAAAAGCUGGGGCAGAGGAAUGUGCCCUAGCAAUUAAAAACCUAGAGGCCAGCUUAAACAAAUCAGUCUAGAGAGGUUUCCAAACAAGGGAAAAGAAUAAAAUUAACCAAAUACUAAUCAGAACUUGUAAAAAAGAUACCAGAAUACAGUUCCCCAAUCAUCCAGCCAACACGGUCACUUGUCAUACUGCCUGGGAUUGGGUGAUAGUUCAAAAAGUAACUUUUCCAAGUACUGAAUUUAACUGGCAACACAAAUAAGAAGCAAUAAAAGAAAAAAAAAACAUGACGACACAGAACAAGGGGGAAAUGCAGAUUAAUGAGCAAAGAGCAACCAAAGAAA